AUGGGUGGUGGUUCCAGAGAAGGCGGCAAGGCCAAGCCCCUCAAGGCUCCCAAGAAGCAGCAGAAGGAACUGGACGAAGAUGAAAUCGCGUUCAGAGAGAAGCAGAAGGCUGAGGCCAAGGCCAAGAAGGAACUGAUGGAAAAGGCCAAGGGCAAGGGUCCCCUGAAUAUUGGAACCCAGGGUAUCAAGAAAUCCGGCAAGAAAUAA